AUGUCUUCCUUAAUUUUGUUAGUGCUUUUGUCUUGCUCCACUUUGGUGAUCAGCACCAAAAAUGCAUCCGACAGCAAUGUCUCACAAGACAAAAGCAUAUUCAUACUAGCUGGACAGAGCAACAUGCCAGGCCGAGGAGGACUCAAGUCUGGUAUGUGGGAUGGAUAUGUCCCUCCUGAAUGCCAAUCAAGUCCAAAAAUCCUCCGGCUCAAUGCCAAAAAUAAAUGGGAAGAGGCUCGACCGCCGCUCCACCACGACAUAGAUUACCUAAAAGCUUGUGGGAUAGGGCCCGGGCUGUCAUUUGCCAAUUCAAUUGUGAAGAAGAACUUAAGCAUUGGGGAAAUCGGUCUUGUUCCUUGUGCCAUUGGAGGAACACAGAUAAGCGAGUGGAGGCGUGGCGGCCCACUCUACAAUCAACUCUUGUCGAGGGUCGUGCAACAUUGCAAGGUGGAGGAACAAUUCGGGCUAUUCUAUGGUAUCAAGGUGAGAGCGAUAAGUGACCAAAAAAUCAGUUGA